GAAAAUUUCUCUUAAAAGUUUUUGAGGAAGUAAUGUACGGCCCUUUCUUCGUCUUCCCAAGGAGAAUAGAAGAAUGGCGGAAGAGUCUCUCCGAAUUCGCAGAUUUGAAGAAAUCCCAUACGCCGAAGAGUUUUCCUCACACAUCGAGCCCAAAAACGUUCCCGCUGUGUUCACUGGCUGCAUAAAGACUUGGAAAGCUUUCUCGUCGUGGAACCCCUCCAAUGGCGGUCUUGACUAUUUGCAGGAACGAGUAGGUUCUUCAAUUGUGGAAGCCAUGCGAUCCAGAUCUGCACCAGUCUUUUAUGGUGAUAUUAGAAGCCAUGAGAGGGUUCCAUUGCUGUUCUCUAUGUUCAUUUCUUAUUGUAAAGAACAUGUUCAGAACUUGGGCAAGGAUGGUAGUGUCACUUCCAAACCAGAAAGGCAUGAGCUGGCAGGGUCUGCUACAACGGAAGUUUGUGCUCUCUUUGGAGAUGGUCCUCAACAAAUGUAUCUAGCACAGGUGCCAAUUAUGAAUACUGAAAAGGAAGAAAGGGUUCAACUGGAAAUAUUGAGAGAAGACAUUCAAAUGCCUGCAUUUUUGGCCAGAAAAGAACUGGCUUCUAUUAAUUUGUGGAUGAAUAGUGCUCAAUCCAGAUCCAGUACUCAUUAUGAUCCACAUCAUAACCUUCUGUGUGUUGUUGCUGGCUGCAAACAAGUUGUUUUAUGGCCCCCUUCUGCAAGUUCCUCCUUGUAUCCAAUGCCUUUAUAUGGGGAGGCCUCAAACCAUAGUGCUGUUGCUUUAGAAAACCCUGAUCUUUCAGUUCAUCCAAGAGCAAAACAGUCAAUGCAGUAUUCACAGAGGGUUGUUCUUCAUGCAGGCGAUGCUCUCUUCAUUCCUGAAGGCUGGUUUCAUCAAGUGGAUAGUGAUGACUUGACCAUUGCUGUUAACUUUUGGUGGCGGUCCAAUGUGAUUUCUGGCAUGUUAGAACACAUGGAUGCAUAUUAUUUGCGAAUUAUACUGAGAAGCAGGCUAAUUGACAAACACAUGAACGAACUGCUGCAUAAGGAUCUUGCUGCACCAGCACCAUUAAGUAAUACGAUUGAGAGACUGAAUGAUGGACAACCAGAUGCGAGUUAUAGUAAUUGCGAUCAGAACUGUGGAGGCAAGGAUUCAAAAGGGAAAAGGCCAAAAGAGAAACUUAUGUUGCAUGAACUGAAACCUCUUACACUAAAGGCUCUUCAUGAACUUGUUUCUAUAGUCCAUGACCGUAUUAAUACUGCUGACCUAAGUGAGCCAGUGGAUUCUACCUCAUCUGGUGGCUCAAAUAGAGAGAAAGAUGAACAUAUGACCUCUGUGAAAGUGAAUUUCCUUCGCCUUGAAGAUGAUCCAGUUGCUUCUAUUAUUUGGACACUCCAUCCACUCGCCCUUCAAAAUGUCUUUCUUGCCAUGGCGCAAAAAUUCCCAAGAACUCUUGAGGCUUUGAUUCUGCACUUGUUGUCACCAGUGGGAGCAGAAGUCCUCACGGGGAAAUUUGAUCAGAUGGAUCAACUGACUGCUGAAGAAGAUCGUAAUAAAUUCUACCAAGUUUUUUAUGGUGCAUUUGAUGACCAAUUUGCUGCAAUGGAUGCAAUUUUAAGGGGGAAAGAGUCCUUUGCAUGUCAGGCAUUCAAGAACGUGUUGCAUCAAUACUUGGGGAUUAGGUUUGAUGGUCCAAAACCAUCAGUUUGACGAGUCGUCUACUGACAUGGACUUUGUAAAGACAAUUUGUCCAGCUAACAAUGUUGAAGGUGCAUAUUGAUACGCGUAUUAAGUGCAAAGGCUCUGUUUCUUGUAAUGAUACCUAUUUAUGGCGAGUUUGUUGCUUUAUUUUAUAACAGAAGUUCCAUAUAGUCUUUGACCCCAUGUUUUGGAGUAGGGUUUAUGUUAGGAAAGGCAGAGAGAAAUAUAAAAUGUUGUCAUGUAAAUAAAAAAAUGCAUAUGCACAUGUAAUUUCAUUUUCUUUGGAGUGUUAAAGAGUAAAAUGGUAUGAGGACUAGAUUAGCUUGA